CAUAAGCAUUCCUACUCUGCACAAGGUAGAGCCAAUCUGAACAGGAGAUCCAAGAUGUUUAAGAAUAUCGUCCUGGUUGCCUGUAUGGUCGUUGUUGCCUCGGCUCAGUACUACGGAGGAGAUCACGACUAUCACCAUUCACAUCCUAAAUAUAAGUAUGAAUAUGGCGUCAAGGAUCAUCACACCCACGAUCACAAAAGCCAAUGGGAGCAGCGAGAUGGGGGUCAUUUGAAAGGUCAAUACACUCUGGAUGAAGCCGAUGGAACUCACCGGGUUGUGGAUUAUCACUCAGAUCAUACGGGAGGAUUCCAACCUCAUGUGCAACGGAUCGGACAUGCCCAUCAUCCCCAUCACGGAGAAAGCUACGCCAAUAUUCAUCAGCACUAUUGAAUUGAUCAUUUUCUAUAAUAAAAUAACGUUCCUUAAUUCUUUCGUUCCAAAAAAAGAUUCUCUUUUGAAUUAUUGAUGCAUCACGAUUCAAAUUUCUAUUUUCUUAUAAUUAAUGGCAACUAGGAGCGAAGAUGGUAAUAAUCGCUUCGAAAGAAUCAUUUGGCUGAUUAAGUAGUUGCAAGUUUAAUACGUUAAAUAUGCACAGAUUCAGUUUAUCUUAGUUCUCAUCAUUACGUCAAUGUGCGUGAAACGAAGCAUACAGAUCUGAGUUGACGCAUUAUAAGCAUUUUAAGAAUAAAACCACGAAAAUGUC